CCGUUUUUAAACCUCCAAAAGCCCGUCAGUUUUCAUGUCCUUUCCCCCCUUGCCCUGCUCUCGCCACGGUUCACACCUCGCUCUGCUGUCUCUCUCUCUCUCUCUCUCCCUCUCUGCUGCCCAAACCCUAACCCUCUUCACGUUCCCAUUUUACCCUCCCACAACCCUCACUUUCCUGUUCACGUUCCCAUUUUACCCUCCCACAACCCUCACUUUCCUUUCAAAGCCACUCCAUUUCUCGCAAAAUGCUCUAUCAAAUGCUUCCAUUUCUUUAAGCUCCCCCAAAAGCCUCAAAUUACGCUCGGUUUCAGUUACUUACAACAAUGUCCGGGGCCACUAAGCUACAGUCAACGACAAAACAGGUACACGAGCCGCCGCGAGCAAUACUUGGUCCCACAGAAAACAGAGCUAGGGUUUUGGAGGAGGCCAGAAGGAAAAUUGAGGUCUUAAGGAAAUCACAGCAGAAACCGAAGAAACCUGUGGAGAAAAUGUCUCAAGCUGCAGUUAAGAAUAACUUGUCAUUGGAUAGCACGUGCUCUUCGGAUUCUUCUUCUUCUUCCAGUGGCGUGUCUUCAAGUUCUGGAAAGAAUGUGAAGCAUUACGGAAUAAAAAAGUUCAUGGAUGUUCGUAACGGACGUGAGAUUAAGGAUGUUUCUUCGAAGAAAGAGAUGCCGGUUAAGAGGUGUGAUUGGAUCACUCCGAAUUCUGACCCGCUUUAUAUGUCUUUCCAUGAUGAAGAAUGGGGAGUUCCAGUUUAUGAUGACAAGAAACUGUUUGAGUUACUUGUAUAUUCACAAGCAUUAGCAGAACUCAGCUGGCCAGCAAUUCUUCACAUGAGAGACAUAUUCUGGAAGCUGUUCGACAACUUUGACCCAUCAUCCAUUGCACAAUUUACUGAGAAGAAGCUUCUAUCAAUGAGAUUUAAUGGGAAUCUGUUGCUAUCUGAACCAAAGCUUCGUGCAGUAGUGGAGAAUGCUAAACAGAUGCUCAAGAUUCAGCAGGAAUUUGGUUCCUUCAGCAACUAUUGCUGGCGAUUUGUGAACCAGAAGCCAUUAAGAAAUGGUUUUCGCUAUGCACGCCAAGUACCUGUGAAGACCCCUAAAGCUGAACUGAUAAGCAAGGACCUGAUGCAAAGAGGCUUCCGCUGUGUUGGACCUACAGCUGUUUAUUCAUUUAUGCAAGUGGCAGGAUUUGUUAAUGAUCAUCUUAAAGCGUGCUUCCGAUACCAAGAAUGCAAUGUGGACGUCAAAAAGGAUUUCAAACCCAAGAGCGAAGAGACAGAGAUAGUUACUAAAGCUUUGGGGAACACAUGCGUAUCUCACGACUGAGCCAUUUCUCUCCGUCCUUGACUAAGCACACUCAUAAAACUGUAGAGCAGACCAGUUCUCUUGUAACGAGUCUAAUAUUUUCUAGCUGCAUAGCUUGUUCUUCCACCUGUGCAUCCUUUUCCUAUUCCAAAUAUUACUGUAAUAAAAACAAUCCUUGUUAUGUGAUAGUACUAAAUUUCAUAAA